AUCACUGCAGAGCGCCUCUACCACUCAAUUCUCUGCUUCACAGUUCACACCACCAUCUUCCUAUCUUCAUCCUCACCGGCAAAAUGCAGCACGCGCCGGUCUUCACGCGUCUGCUUACUCUCUCGGUGUGCUUGCUCUUCCUAUCCUGCACCACCCAUGCGCACAAUAUCACUCACAUCCUCGCCAAGUACCCGGAGUUCUCGACCUUUAGCCACUACUUAACAGUCACCCACCUCGCCGGUGAGAUUAACCGCCGACAGACUAUCACUGUUCUAGCCGUUAGUAAUGCUGGAAUGGCGGAUCUUCUCUCCAAGCACCUCUCCGUUUACGUCAUCAAGAACGUGCUCUCCCUCCACGUUCUGGUUGACUAUUUCGGCGCCAGGAAGCUCCACCAGAUCACCGACGGCACCGCCUCGUCGGCGACUUUGUUCCAGUCCACUGGAUCCGCUCCCGGAACCGCCGGAUUCGUUAACAUUACCGAUCUCAAGCACGGAAAAGUCGGAUUCGGAGCUCAAGACAGCGGCCAUCUCAACGCCUACUUCGUUAAGUCGGUGGUGGAGAUUCCGUACAACAUCUCCGUGCUAGAGAUCAGCCAGAUCUUGACUUCAGCUGUGGCGGAAGCUCCGGCGGAGGCACCGAGCCUGAAUCUGACGAUUAUGUUGAGUAAGCAAGGCUGCAAAGCGUUCGGCGACUUGUUAGAAGCUUCUGGAGCCAUAAAAACGUUCGAGGAGAACGCCGACGGCGGGCUAACGGUGUUUUGCCCUUCGGACGAUGUUAUCAAGGGCUUUAUGCCGAAGUACAAGAAUUUGACGGCGGCAGGGAAGGUGUCGCUGCUGCUGUACCACGGCAUUCCGAUUUAUCAGUCGAUGCAGAUGUUGAAAUCGAGCAAUGGACUGACGAACACUUUGGCGACCGACGGAGCUAAGAAGUACGACUUCACGGUGCAGACUGAGGGAGAGGACAUCACGUUGGAGACGAAGGUGGUGACGGCAAGGGUGACGGGGACGGUGUUGGAUCAGGAGCCUGUGGUGCUCUACAAGAUUAACAAGGUUUUGUUGCCUAGGGAGUUGUUCAAGGGGACGGUCGAAGACGAUGAAGCGGAGUCGCCGAAAGCGGCGUCGCCCAAGUCGUCGAAGAAAUCGAAAGACGACACCGCAGACUCGCCGGAUGCGGAUUCGCCGGAAAGCGAUGAUUCUGAAGACUCGACUGCUGACCAGGAUGAUGAGAAUGGCGGCGGUAGAUUUGACGGUGGGAGAUGGGCCUCAGUGUUGUUGACUGUGUUCGCGGGAGCUUUCGUUUUGUUUUGACUUCAGCCCCUCCGGACUGUUGUUUCCGACGGCCUGAUGGAGAUUCAGUGAGACAUGGUGACGUGUCGACACGUGGCAAGAACAGAGGUGCUCCAUCACCGGUAUUUGGAAAUUACUUUUCAGACAAACAUAUUUGUAUUUUUCUUUUUUUAAUGUUAUUUUUGAGGAAAAAAAAAAAAAUCAAAAUAACAACUCGGUCGAUGUGGCUUUCCCUUUUUCCUUUUCUUUUUUCUUUUUUCCCUUUUAUUUGAUUUGUAAUUAUUUGUGUGUAUAAUGUGAUGCCAUGGUGUGUGAUCGAUGCAGAUUUGUUUUAUUUUCAAUUUUUAGGUUAAUAAUAUUUAUUUGCUUUUAUAGUGUCA